UCACACCAGGGAGGCAGUCUGAUUCCUAAUGCAAUCAACUUUAAACUGGUGCAAAACAUGCUUUAACGGGCGGCGAGAAUGAUCGAAUCGUGUCCUCCCACCCGCCCGACCAAAUAAAAUGAGGGAGUGGGGUGUCUCGCUUUCUCUGCGGUCUUUGUUUAGUUUCCCUGGCAACAAACAGCAGGCUAGCUAGCUAGCAGACGUUAUCAACUGAUUGUUUUUAGCCGUCUAGCUUUUCUUGUCUUGGUCUAAUCCAGACGGAUCUAUCAAACACUCAGCUGUAGCUAACUAGUAAUGGCAGGCAACGACAUGUGCACAUUGGCUCACCUUAUCGAAAUAAAACCAAGAUAGACAUAUAAGGUUUUUAUUUUAGGAGUAACGUUAUAUUUGUAAAGUAAUGGUAGUUCAUUUAAAAGUGUUUUAUUUUAGUAGUAGCGUUAGAUUUGUAAUGUGAUGGUAGUUAUUUUAGAAGUGUUUUAUUUUAGUAGUAGCGUUAGAUUUGUAAUGUGAUGGUAGUUCAUUUAAAAGUGUUUUAUUUUAGUAGUAAUGUUAUAUUUGUAAUGUGAUGGUAGUUAUUUUAGAAGUGUUUUAUUUUAGUAGUAGCGUUAGAUUUGUAAUGUGAUGGUAGUUAUUUUAAAAGUGUUUUAUUUUAGUAGUAGCGUUAGAUUUGUAAUGUAAUGGUAGUUCAUUUAAAAGUGUUUUAUUUUAGUAAUAGCGUUAGAUUUGUAAUGUGAUGGUAGUUAUUUUAAAAGUGUUUUAUUUUAGUAGUAGCGUUAGAUUUGUAAAGUGAUGGUAGUUCAUUUAAAAGUGUUUUAUUUUAGUAGUAGCGUUAGAUUUGUAAUGUGAUGGUAGUUAUUUUAGAAGUGUUUUAUUUUAGUAGUAGCUUAGAUUUAUAACCUGGAGUGGAGGCGGGUCAGGUUUACAAGCGCACACACUCUGGGGCGGAGUUGUGUACACCGUCGGCGCUGAGUCUGUUAUUUCCCAGUGUACGUGAUGAACGCAGAGGAGACGGACAGCAACGCAUUCAGUUCAACGUUCAUCAUGAUUCCAACGCUUGAGACAUUGCCGUCAUGGCAACACCAAUGAAUUCUUUUGAGUAAUUUGACCGCAAAUCAAAGCAAAAAUGAAAUUGCUUGUUUUUCUUGCUUUGAUUAAUUUUCCAUUUACCCGAGGUGUGAGGGAUAUACCGAGACUAAUCUUGAGACAAGACAAACUAGGCGACAGGCUGGAUUAUAACAUUACUCAGAACCACACCGUCUUCUUCUUCCACCCAGAAGACGGCGAUGAGCUGUAUGUUGGAGGCACAGACUUUGUCUUUCAGAUUGAUGUGGAGUACUGUCGAAUCGUAGAGUUCUUCCCACUCGGCACGACAGGUGGACAGACCUGUGGAGAGGGUCCGUGUAAGAAUGUCAUCACUGUUAUCCAGAAGUUUCAGGACAGUCUGUUUGUCUGUGGGACCAAUGGGAACAAGCCCCAGUGCUGGAAGCUGUAUUCUCAGAUGCCCAAUCACACACUUGAGAUAGUCGAGAGUUACAAAGGCACUGGACUCUCUCCUUUCGUUUACUCCCAGAAUGCACUCUCCCUCACUGUAGAGGGGGACCUAUAUGCUGCGGCUCCUUUAUACAGCGAUGGGAGCUCACUACAGUUCAGAAGAAAAGCUGGCAGCAGAACCAAUGUAUGGAUGUAUGACAAGUGGGUGACCGAGCCCACGUUCAUCUCCACCUGCUGGGUGAGACGUAAGGAGGAGCCGGACAAUGAGAAGAUAUAUGUCUUCUUCAGGGAGAAGAACUCUGACAGCAACCCUGAAGCUGAUCACUGGAUCUCUAGAGUAGCACAAGUCUGUAAGGAGACUGAAAAGAUCUGGCAUGGGCCAGAUGGGGGAGCUCCGGGCAACACAGGCCAGUCGGUUAACGCCAAGGCAGAGAUGCAUCCAACUAGCGCGUAUGCCGUCCAGCCACGGGCGUAG